CCUUCCCAACCUGAACUCCCAGACUUUAACACCGCUCACACGCCAGCACUUGAUCUUAGUCGCGCCAUUUAUCCCAUCAGUUCGUGCAGUCUGGGCUGUGAGGCGGAGUUAGUCAGCAUAUCGACAAGGUGAAUCUAAGCGGAAUCCUCGCAAUGACAGGGCGUCACUGGGGAUACGGAGAGGAGGACGGUCCAGAUGCAUGGCACAAAGACUAUCCCAUCGCCCAUGGCAAUCGCCAGUCUCCCAUAGACAUAGUUCCUGAGGACACUGUAUACGAUGCCAGCCUGCCUCCCAUAUUCGUCUCCUACGACCACUGCAACUCAAUCAACAUCUGCAACAACGGCCACUCUGUGACAGUGGAGUUUGAUGACACCGAUGACAAAACAGUAAUCAGGGCAGGCCCCCUUGACAACGCCUACCGGCUGAAGCAGUUCCACUUCCACUGGGGCGGGAAGGGCAGCCAAGGCUCAGAGCACACCGUCGGAGGGAAGACCUACGCUUCAGAGCUUCAUCUGGUGCACUGGAACGCAGACAAGUACAAGACAUUUGGGGAGGCAGCGGCAGCCCCCGAUGGUCUGGCUGUCCUUGGCAUCUUUUUAGAGAUCGGAGAUGAACACAGAGGUUUACACAAGAUAACAGAUGCUUUAUACAUGGUGAAGUUUAAGGGAAGCGUUGCAGAUUUCAAAGGUUUCAAUCCCAAGUGCCUCCUACCGAACAGCCUACACUUCUGGACCUACCCGGGUUCACUGACCACGCCACCUCUUCACGAGAGUGUCACCUGGAUCGUUCUGAAGGAGCCAAUCAUAGUUUCAGAGAAACAGACACUGCAGCCAGGGGCUCUAAGGUCUCCAAACAUCUCUCCACAGAUGGGAAUGUUCAGGAUGCUGCUCUUCAGCGGAGAGGAGGAAGAGAGCAGGAAACGCAUGGAGAACAACUUCCGACCCACUCAACCCCUGAAAGGCAGGAAGGUGCUAGCAUCCUUUGACAAACGUGACUGCAAAUAACCUCCAGGUGGCAUAGACUACAUGUGGUCUAUUAUAUGCCAGAGUGAAUGUCGGAAUAGCGUUUAUUCUCAACUUUGAAUAUCCUGGUCGGAGUUUUACUACCGCUGAUGAACAUAGGACAAGGGGUAUGAAACAUCACGUCUCCCUCUACUGGUCAAUUGCUUUCAACCGCACUUGAAUUGAAUGUCAGAAGCAGAUAUCAACGUUUGAAUCAGUCUUUAUGACUACUAUGCGCCCUCUGCACAGCUCUAUAUUUUUACACAUAGUAGUGAUCUGUAACAUUUUUAUGAAGUGAAAGAUAUUGCAUUUACAUUUACAUUUAAGUCAUUUAGCAGACGCUCUUAUCCAGAGCGACUUACAAAUUGGUGCAUUCACCUUAUGAUAUCCAGUGGAACAACCACUUUACAAUAGUGCAUCUAAAUCUUUUAAGGGGGGGGGGUUAGAAGGAUUACUUUAUCCUAUCCUAGGUAUUGCUAGGUAUAGCCAUCCAGACAUUUCCUUGACAGAACAGCGUACUGUAUGUAACUCUGUAGCGAAUAAUUGAUCUGAUUGACUUUUUGAAGAUGUACAACGUGACCUCAAAUGGGUGUAGUGAAAAGCGUUUAACAGUCCCCCUCACACACACACACACACACACACACACACACACACACACACACACACACACACAUUUUCUGUCCACCCAGUGGAUUGUUGUUGUUGAGGCUGCUAGUGUUUCUAUGCAAGGUGCUAUAUCUUCUUCCCAAGGGUUUAGCCACACCAUUGGAAGAUGAUGCCAGUGCUCUGUAACAUGUUGUCUGAAUCCUGGUGGAAACCGAUGUAGAUCCAUGUUUAGCUUGGCUAUUGCAACUGGAUCCACCUCGUCCUAGUUGCCGUAGAUCCUUUAACCCAACACUCACAACUGUGGGUGGAAUUGGAGUAGCGAGCGGCUGCCACAUCUCAAUUGCUCAACUUUAAAUGAAGAGUUUAUGCCGCACUUUCCCCGUGCCCUGACAGCCCAGUGAUUGAGGGAAUGGGACUAGGGCACUCUCUCAGUUGUACAUCAGCUUGAAAGAUGCCAAGUAUACGCUGAAUAGAGUAUUGAGCUCAUGUUGGGUUAAAACAGUUCCUACUUUCGAGAAAUGAAGGGGAGGGCGUACACAUACAGUAAAUUCUGUAUGUCAAUGAGACACUUCUGUAAUGGGUUUAUGUCCAUGUCUUUGUGCUGCUCAUUUCUCCUGCGCCACAGAACAGCCUCCUCCCUACAGUCUGUUCCUACACUACUGCACGAUAUGUUGUUCCAAGCAGGGUGAUGCUCCAAUUCUUUUACGAUAAUGGAAGGUCUCAGUAAGUGAGGACCAUAAUAAUUAAUAGAGCCCCAGGGUAGCGGAAGUUGUAAGAGAAAUUGCUCCUCGGUCCACUAUGUAAUUCCUAAUGGAGGUCUUGGUGUGUUUGAGUUAUGGUAGUUUUACGUAAUGCUGUUCAAUAGAUAGAGGUGGAUUUUACCCAUAUGGACAAACUGGUAGGGGGACACGUUCUGCCUAGCACUUGAGUUAUCUAUUUCAAACAAUUGAUAUUAUACAAUAUGAGAAACGUUAUUUAUGAAAUAUUUACUAUGUGAAUCAUUUUGCAUGAAAUGCUAACUAUUUAAUUGACUUAUUGUUUGUUUUGUAAAUUGUGGCUCUUAAAAAUAUGAGAUUGAUUCAGUACUGUUGUUGUUUCAGAAACAAAAGAAUGUAGCAAACUUUUUGUUGCCAUUAAAAGGUUUGUGUGUGUGGAGUAUACAGAUGACCUUAAAUAGUAUGUAUUGUUUAUGACUAGUUCAAGUGUGGGUCCCAGAAUUAGUUGUCACUGCUGCCACCAUGUGGUCUAACACUGAGCUGAGAAGUUAGUUCCCAAUGAGCUCCAAGCAAGUACAAAAUGCAUUACAGUGGAUAACUUUUAAACACCAACAUGUAUGGUUUUUGCUGUCCGUUCAUGACUCAGCGGAAACAUUUCAGUCAGUCCACUGAAAUCAGUAAACACAACAGUAUACAUGAUCACUGAUCUUUCUUGACAGCCAUUGAUUUAUGAGGAAUUUCAGUAUGGAAUGAACCUUGAACCUGGUGCAAAUGUAUGUGAACGUGUUCAAAGAUAAAGCUUCUCAAGACUCAA